CCACUGAGAGUGCGAACAGCGAGAUCCGGUGGUGCUGCAGAGCACACACUCUCUCUCUCUCUCUCUCUCUCUCUCUCUCUCUCACUUACACACACACACACACACACACUGUCUCUCACACAUACCCACAGACACACACAACCCACUCAUUCAGGGAGCACUAAGGAAGAAGCAGUGACUGCUCUUUCUAGCUGUGUCUGUGAUCUAUGUGUCUCAUUUUCUUACCUAUACAUACCAUUACAGUCUCUCUCUUUCUCUAUCUCUCUCCAUCUUUCAUUCUUUCUCACUCUAUCUCCCUCUAUCUCUCUCUCCCCCACACACUGUCACCUUUUCUCUCUCUCCAUAACCCACCACAUACAUUCUCUCAAGAAAGCCCCCCUCUGCCACUCCACAAUAAGACUCAGCUGAAGGAAACAGGGGACCAUGUCUGAAGCCGGACCCCGGAGGGUUCUGAGGUGGCCUGGCUGGACUGUGCCGGUGGUCACCUCUCUCUGCCUGCUGCUGCUGUGCGCUCUGAGCACGGCUGAGGGGCGCCGGGCACCCAAAAUCCCCCGCUGCCCACCCACCUGCUCCUGCACCAAGGACAGCGCCUUCUGCGUGGACACCAAAGCCAUCCCCAAGAGCUUCCCACCUGGAAUCAUCUCACUGACCAUGGUGAACGCUGCCUUCACUGAAAUCCCAGAGGGAGCUUUCUCUCACCUCCACCUGCUGCAGUUUCUGCUCCUGAACUCCAACACAUUCUCCCUGAUUGCCGAUAAUGCGUUCGCUGGCCUCUCCCAUCUGCAGUAUCUGUUCAUUGAGAAUAAUGACAUCCAGGCGCUGUCCAAGCACACUUUCAGAGGACUGAAAUCACUAACGCAUCUAUCUCUGUCUAACAACAACCUGCAGGUUCUACCCAGAGAACUCUUCAAACAUCUGGACAUCCUUACUGAUCUAGACCUGCGAGGGAACUCGUUCCGCUGCGACUGUAAGAUUAAGUGGCUGGUGGACUGGAUGGAGAAAACCAACACCUCUGUUCCAGCUAUCUACUGCGCCAGUCCCUUUGAGUUCCAGGGCCGACGCAUCCAUGACCUGACGCCUCGUGAUUUCAACUGUAUUAGUGCGGAUUUUGCAGUGUAUGAAACUUACCCAUUCCAGUCCCUGUCUGUGGAGUCCUACGAGUUCAGUGAUGACUUGUAUGUGGUGUUCGCUCAGCCAAAUACAGGAAUCUGCACUGUUUUUAUCUGGGAUCAUGUGAACAUGUUAUUCAAGAGCCACUACAACAUAACAUCUCGUUCUGCAGUGUACUGCAAGCCUGUGGUCAUCAACAACACUCUCUACAUGGUUGUAGCCCAGCUGUUUGGUGGAUCCCAUAUUUAUAAGUGGGAAGAAGGGCCUUUGCGCUUUGUUAAAAUCCAGGACAUUGACACAACCCGCGUACGCAAACCCAACUUCAUCUCCACCUUCCAGAUCGAGGAUGACUGGUACUUUGCAGUGGUGGACAGCUCCAAGGCCGGCUCCACCAGCAUCUACCGCUGGAACAGCAAUGGUUUCUACUCCCACCAGUCCCUCCACCCAUGGCACCGUGACACCCACAUCGAGUUUCUGGAGGUGGACGGCAAGCCUCGCCUCAUUCUCUCCAGCACCUCGCAGCCCCCGGUGGUGUACCAGUGGAACCGCAGCUUGAAGCAGUUCGCCUUCCACUCCCAGCUCAUGGACACAGGCGACGUUCAAAUGGUCAAGCACUUCUGGGUGCGCAAGUCACUUUACUUGUGCCUCACUCGAUUCAUAGGAGACUCCAAGAUCCUGCGGUGGGAAAGCCAGCGCUUUGUGGAGGUCCAGACCCUUCCAUCUCGUGGGUCGAUGGCUGUGUAUCCAUUCAGUGUGGGGAUCCGGCAGUACCUGCUGUUGGGCAGCGACUACUCCUUCUCUCGUGUCUACCUGUGGGAUGACCUCAGCCAGAGGUUCCAACCAUUCCAGGAGCUCAACAUGUUAGCACCCCGCGGAUUUAGCUUGGUCUCCAUCGACAACAAGGACAUCCUGCUUGCUGCCAGCUAUAAAGGGAAGACCAUGGCCUAUCAGCACCUAGUGGUGGACCUCAGUGCCAAGUAGACUGUCGAAUGAUUUUUGUUCUCAUUUAGUUUUUCAGAAGGUCAGUGGUUUGGCUGCAUUUUGUCUCACAUACAGUAAAUACAGUAUUACACAUACAGUAAUGUUUUGUUGUCAUAUACAGUACUUAUAAUGACUUCAGAAAACAUCUGAACAUUUAGAACAGUUAGUCAAGACAUGACAUGUGAAUUAGCAUUGCACAAAAUGUAUUAUUAAAUCUUCACACUUUUAAGUCGGGCUGCAUCUAACAAUAAUAUACGUUUUUAUUUAUUGCCCAUCUAACUUGUCCUGGCUUAAAUUUGGAUUAAAUACAUUAAUAUGCAACUUACAGGAAACUGUACAUUUCAGGGAACCUAUCUUUCCCUCUAUAUACAACUAACUUUCAUUUUUUCAACAUCCAGUUUCUCACCAAAGCAGCUGUAUCAACAAAUAAAUAAACAUAUUAACCUUUUUCACCUUUGACAUAAAAAGCCAUGUAGAUCUGGCUGUUGACAGUGUACCAUACAGGGACAUUAUGCAUUUUGAGGCAAGCAUAUGAUUGCUUAAGGUGAAUGCCAAACAUGUCUUAGCUGAACUUUAUUUGUUGUAUUUAUUUAUAUUUUUAUUUUGCCAAACUACAGCUUUAAGUAUCCCUGGUCAUUUAAUGUCAAGUGGUCAUUGAUAUCAAGAGCAUUUUUCACACCAUUUCUGCCUGUCCUUCAAAGGUGAACUCUGACAUCCCUGGACAAAUCAGUUCUGCAUAAAAGCUUGGAAGUGCUCUAAAAUUCAAGAUGCAUACAUCGGCCUAAACAACAUAUAUAUUCCAGUCUGUAUGAUUUGCCAUUUUCACCUUAAAGCAAAAAUCUUGUCGUUGUUCAUCUCCUGCAGAAAACAAACACCUGGAUUGUCCAGGAAAUACAGACAUGACUGUUUACAACAGGUUCAGGAUAAAGAAACAGUUCAUACCUGCAACUGUUUAUAGAAUAAGUCUUGGGUAUGAGUAGACCCACUGUUACUCAUUAACCUUUCUAUAUCGGACAUCACCAUCCUAUUCAAGGAGCAUUAGUCAAUUUUCAUUCAGUCGGUAUAAAUAAGGAUUGGGGUCAAUUUACCAGGCCAGAGAGCACGAUGUUUUUACCAGGUGUGAAAGCUGUUUAUUAGCUCAGGAAAAGACAAGAGUACUGAUUUCUGAUCCUACUGAAAAAAAUCUGUGAUCUUUGCUUAUAUUAUGCACCUUAGGCCAGCUCCAUUAAGACUGUAUGGCGUAUAUGCGGAGCAUUAUUAGAUGAUGGGUCUCUCUGAAAAAUAUAUUUUAAAAUAUGUGCUUUGAGACAAUGGCUGAGAAUGAAAAGCUAAUUAAAAAGGGAAAAAAUGGUUCCAGUAAUGUUGUGUUCACCACAUCUUACCUGCUAGAGGUUGUGUUUCUUGAUUUUUGACUAAUGCUCCCAUAAACCUAACAGACAUUUACAGUAUGUAACGUGUGCGGUAUUAAUGACUGUAUUCAGAAUUAUGAGAUUUUAUACUCUUGUAUUAUAGGAGCUGAAAUGCAUGCAGAUUUACCUGUGCUUUUCCUGCUGUACAUUACUACAAAACCACAGCUUUGCUUCUUAACCUUCUCAGUGCGGACUGCUCAGUAAAAACUACAUUCAUUUUUUCACUCUGUUUAUCUACCGUCACCAGCUCCAUGUUACACAAGGCAUCCCACCCCUGCAGAACCUUGUUUACAUCAUCAAUAUUGUGUUGUAUACUAAAAAUCCAACUCCCAGUUGCCGCAAAGUUGCAUCAUUCUGUGCUCUAAACCUGCUUGAACGUAGCUUCUCUUUUGGCUGUGUUUGACUGAGCAUGUGAAUUUAAGCUGUAUGAAAGUAAUGACUAAUAUCAUAUUUCAUAAACUUUCUUCAUCAGUAUUGAAAAAAAAGACUUUAUACACUAUUUUCUCACUCUGGUAUUAUAGUUCUGUUUAAGCUGUAUAAACGUAUCAGUGUGUGGUUCUUGUUUCUCAUGAUUUCUGUAUCGUGAGGUUUUUAUGGGAGAAAGAUCUUCGCUGUUUGUGAUUUAUGGAGAAAAAAAUAAAAAAGGAAAAAAGAAAGAAAAAGAAAAUGACUGGAUCUGUAUUGUGUGUCUCU